CAUACUUGACAUCUGUCGCCAAGCAAGCAUUAAACAUGGAUUAUGGAGGCGCCCUGAGUGCCGUUGGGCGCGAGCUGCUAUUUGUAACGAACCCAGUAGUCGUCAAUGGCUCUGUACUUGUGCCUGAGGACCAGUGUUACUGCGCGGGCUGGAUUGAGUCGCGUGGCACAAACGGUGCCCAAACGGCGUCGAACGUGCUGCAAUGGCUUGCUGCUGGCUUCUCCAUCCUACUGCUUAUGUUUUACGCCUACCAAACAUGGAAGUCAACCUGCGGCUGGGAGGAGAUCUAUGUGUGCGCUAUCGAGAUGGUCAAGGUGAUUCUCGAGUUCUUCUUCGAGUUUAAGAACCCGUCCAUGCUGUAUCUAGCCACAGGCCACCGCGUCCAGUGGUUGCGUUACGCCGAGUGGCUUCUCACCUGCCCGGUCAUUCUCAUUCACCUGUCAAACCUGACGGGCUUGUCCAACGACUACAGCAGGCGCACCAUGGGUCUGCUUGUGUCUGAUAUUGGCACAAUUGUGUGGGGCGCCACUUCCGCCAUGGCCACCGGAUACGUCAAGGUCAUCUUCUUCUGCCUGGGUCUGUGUUAUGGUGCUAACACGUUCUUUCACGCUGCCAAGGCCUACAUCGAGGGUUACCACACCGUGCCGAAGGGCCGGUGUCGCCAGGUGGUGACUGGCAUGGCUUGGCUCUUCUUCGUAUCAUGGGGUAUGUUCCCCAUCCUGUUCAUCCUCGGCCCCGAGGGCUUCGGCGUCCUGAGCGUGUACGGCUCCACCGUCGGCCACACCAUCAUUGACCUGAUGUCGAAGAACUGCUGGGGUCUGCUCGGCCACUACCUGCGCGUGCUGAUCCACGAGCAUAUCCUCAUCCACGGCGACAUUCGCAAGACCACCAAAUUGAACAUUGGUGGCACUGAGAUUGAGGUCGAGACGCUGGUGGAGGACGAGGCCGAGGCUGGCGCGGUCAACAAGGGCACCGGCAAGUACGCCUCCCGCGAGUCCUUCCUGGUCAUGCGCGACAAGAUGAAGGAGAAGGGCAUUGACGUGCGCGCCUCUCUGGACAACAGCAAGGAGGUGGAGCAGGAGCAGGCCGCCAGGGCUGCCAUGAUGAUGAUGAACGGCAAUGGCAUGGGUAUGGGAAUGGGAAUGAACGGCAUGAACGGAAUGGGCGGUAUGAACGGGAUGGCUGGCGGCGCCAAGCCCGGCCUGGAGCUCACUCCGCAGCUACAGCCCGGCCGCGUCAUCCUGGCGGUGCCGGACAUCAGCAUGGUUGACUUCUUCCGCGAGCAGUUUGCUCAGCUAUCGGUGACGUACGAGCUGGUGCCGGCCCUGGGCGCUGACAACACACUGGCGCUGGUUACGCAGGCGCAGAACCUGGGCGGCGUGGACUUUGUGUUGAUUCACCCCGAGUUCCUGCGCGACCGCUCUAGCACCAGCAUCCUGAGCCGCCUGCGCGGCGCGGGCCAGCGUGUGGCUGCGUUCGGCUGGGCGCAGCUGGGGCCCAUGCGUGACCUGAUCGAGUCCGCAAACCUGGACGGCUGGCUGGAGGGCCCCUCGUUCGGACAGGGCAUCCUGCCGGCCCACAUCGUUGCCCUGGUGGCCAAGAUGCAGCAGAUGCGCAAGAUGCAGCAGAUGCAGCAGAUUGGCAUGAUGACCGGCGGCAUGAACGGCAUGGGCGGCGGUAUGGGCGGCGGCAUGAACGGCAUGGGCGGCGGCAACGGCAUGAACAACAUGGGCAACGGCAUGGGCGGCGGCAUGGGCAACGGCAUGGGCGGCAAUGGCAUGAACGGAAUGGGUGGCGGCAACGGCAUGAACAACAUGGGCGGCAACGGAAUGGCCGGCAACGGAAUGGGCGGCGGCAUGGGCGGCAACGGUAUGGGUGGCUCCAUGAACGGCAUGAGCUCCGGCGUGGUGGCCAACGUGACGCCCUCCGCCGCCGGCGGCAUGGGCGGCAUGAUGAACGGCGGCAUGGCUGCGCCCCAGUCGCCCGGCAUGAACGGCGGCCGCCUGGGUACCAACCCGCUCUUCAACGCCGCGCCCUCACCGCUCAGCUCGCAGCUCGGUGCCGAGGCAGGCAUGGGCAGCAUGGGAGGCAUGGGCGGAAUGAGCGGAAUGGGAGGCAUGGGUGGAAUGGGGGGCAUGGGCGGCGCCGGCGCCGCCACGACGCAGGCUGCGGGCGGCAACGCGGAGGCGGAGAUGCUGCAGAAUCUCAUGAACGAGAUCAAUCGCCUGAAGCGCGAGCUUGGCGAGUAAAAGGCUGGAGGCCGGUACUGCGAUACCUGCGAGCUCGCGCGCCUGACUCGUCGUACACACGGCUCAGGAGCACGCGCGCGUGGACUUCUCAACCUGUGUGCAACGUAUCUAGAGCGGCCUGUGCGCGACCGUCCGUGAGCAUUCCGGUGCGAUCUUCCCGCCUUCGCACCGCAAGUUCCCUUCCUGGCCCUGCUGCGCCUGACGCAUCGUCCGAACGGAAGGGCGGCUUGAUCAGUAAAGCAUUGAAGACUGAAGUCGUGCGACCGUAGUGCUAUGGCUCUGCACGUAAGUGGGCGCUGCCCUGCUUACUACGCAUUGCCCAAGACUGCUUCCUUUUGGUGGCCGAGGCCCUGGUCCCACAUCAUUCAUUUGCAUAACGUACUGUUUAGUUACAUACGCUUUGCUUAACCUCGACAAUUGCAACAUGGGCUGAGAGUCCGUACGGCGGCUAUGGACGAAGGUGUUAUCGGAUGUGAUUAGGAAUCUCGGUUGAAAGGCUUCGAGAAAGUGAGCUUCAUCUGUGGCUUCUGUUGGGGUCAUCAAGAAGAACGACGGUAAGGCAAACGAGGUAAAAGUGGCACGUCUUUGUGCACAACGGGCCCGUGGAGAGUGGGGGAGUGCAUGUGUGCGGUCCUAACACGCGAGUGCAAAGCGGGCUUUUCUGGAGCUGGGUUACGGUCUGGCUCGGCAACUGCUCUGUGUUUUAACCACAGCUUCGGAAGUCUGGGUAUGUUUUGUUGGCAGAAACAUUUGGGUAACUUGAGGGUGAUUCGUCUGGAGUCGGACAACAUGGCUGCCGUCCGUGUGCAGGGACGGUAAUCAAUGAGCUGGAGCUGUGAUGCUCACCACACGUUGCAUACCCCUGCUUACAAAAACACUUUGAUGUCGUGGCCAAACUAUGCGUGAGCAAAGAGUUAAAGAGGCAUGAGUGCAUGGUUGCGGACGUGCGCAACAAUUGCAUCAAGUAUUUGACGCCUUCAAGCCAACAAGUGCGCGCGCGGCAACUUGAUUAACACGCCGGACGCAGUGGUGGGGGCGUGUACAGUGUUUAUGAGCUGCCAUUCUGCGAUCCGUAGUGUUAGGUUGCGUGUGACGCCGCGCGGCUGUGGGCCCUUACAUGGAGAGUUGGGUGCUUCACCACACGGUUGGCGCCGCUGAAGGGUGUGCUAUGUUUUGGUAAAGCCGGGGCCCUGAAGACCGCAACCGUAGAACCGUACUGAAAGGGUGUCAGCCCGGGGUAACUGGAUGCCCUGGGACAUAGCUAUUAAUGUUGAAGUGAAGCCGUCAAGCCGAGUGCCGUGCGCCGCUGUAUCACCAAGGCCCGU